AUGAUUGAGUACUACGACGUAAGUGGGUGCUAUAUUCUGCGACCAUGGUCCUUCUUCAUUUGGCAACAAAUCCACAGAUGGCUCGAUGGCAAGAUCCAAGAGCUUGGAGUUCAGAAUGCAUACUUCCCUUGCUUCGUGAGCCAGGAGGCCCUACGAGCGGAAGAAGAGCACGUGGAAGGCUUUGCUCCAGAGGUUGCCUGGGUCACCAAGUCAGGGACUUCGGAGCUGACGAAGCCGAUUGCCAUACGGCCGACCAGUGAGACCAUCAUGUAUCCAUCGUUUGCCAAGUGGAUUCGCUCCCACCGUGACCUUCCAUUGCAGUUGAACCAAUGGACCAAUGUCGUGCGAUGGGAGUUCAAGCAGCCCACCCCUUUCCUUCGAACUCGGGAGUUCUUGUGGCAGGAGGGACACACCGCGCAUUCCACCGAGGAGGAAGCAGCGCAUCUCGUAAGGUCCGCGCUGGACCUUUACUCAUGCGUGUACACUGAUCUUCUAGCACUGCCGGUCAUCAAGGGGGUAAAGUCCCUUGAGGAAAAGUUUGCGGGCAGCGUUUACACCGAGACGCUUGAAGCCUUCAUUCCUGCAACUGGGCGCGGAAUUCAGGCAGCGACAUCCCACUACCUGGGGCAGAACUUUGCCAAAAUGUUUGGUAUUCGCUUUGAGGAUGACUCGGGCCAGAAGCAGCUCGUGCACCAGACCUGUUGGGGUUUCACGACUCGCUGCAUUGGCAUCAUGAUCAUGGUCCACGGCGACGACCGUGGCCUGGUCCUUCCCCCGCGGGUGGCUCCGACGCAGGUCGUGCUCAUUCCCAUUCCUGGAAAGGAGCAUGCAGGUAUCGAAGCUCGCUGCCGCGAGCUGGCUUCUGCACUAAAGGACCGUGGCAUCCGCGCCGAGGUGGAUGCGCGACAGACCUAUACGCCAGGCUGGAAGUUCAACUGGUGGGAGAUGAAGGGUGUGCCUCUGAGGGUUGAGGUUGGGCCCAAAGACAUGGCCCAAGGAACCUGUCGUCUGGCUCGCCGCUUUGAUGGCUUAAAGAAGGAUGUCGACCAAGCCCAAUUGUCCAGCUGCAUUCCUGCAGAGCUGGAUCAGAUCCACGAAGCCAUGCUCGAGAAGGCAACCCGGCACAGGGAUGAUGGAAUUGCCACUGUCACGCGCUGGGACGAGGUCAUGCCAAUGCUGAAUCAGAGAAAGCUGAUUCUGGCUCCUUGGUGCGAGUCUGCCGAGUCGGAAGCAGAGAUCCGGAGCCGAACGAAGGAGGAGGCACCGAAGCCUGGUCUCUCUUCCGACGCAGCUGAGACAGCGACCAUCCUGACCGGUGCAAUGAAGAGUCUCUGCAUUCCGCUCAUGCAGCCACUGAUGCCACCCGGAACGAAGUGCUUCGUGACCGGUGAACCGGCAAAAAGGUGGGCGCUCUUCGGCCGUAGCUACUGA